UCAAACCCCUAACGCCGUGCCGCAACCAGCAGCCAAUACAUUUACCGUCACCUGAAGAAUUACUGAAAGAUCGAUAAAGAUGGGGAAGGGAAAGAAGCCAAUGCUAACAGGCAAAGGAAAGUUUCUUUUUUUUUUUUUUAGUUUAGUUGGAGUUGCACGUGCCCUUUCCACCCUCCGAUUUGAUUGAAAAUCCGUGAAAUCACCGUUCACCUGACUACAAAAUCACCAAAUCUAAGUUUGCCCCCACUUUUGACAGUAACCUCUUCCCCCCUUAAACUCAAGCGCCCUGUUUUCAUACCUCUCUUGCUUUUUGUUCUUGGUUUCCUCUUAAAACACCCACACCUUUUUCUUUGUUUUUCGUUUUCAUGUUUCACACUCGGAGAGACCCAAAACGUGGCUUCACAGAGAGAAACCGUGGGAAGAGAAGGUAAAACAAAAGAAAGAAAGGGGCUGAAGGGCUUUGGUUGGUUGAGCUCCAAAUAGAUGGGGGCACUGGCUCCAGUCGUCUCCACUUGGAUACCCGAAGAUGACCUUUUGUUGAAGAACGCUAUUGAGGCUGGUGCUUCUUUGGAAUCUCUUGCCAAGGGUGCAGUGCAGUUCUCUAGAAAAUUCACCGUUAGAGAACUGCAAGAUCGAUGGCGUUCUCUCCUUUAUGAUCCAGUUGUUUCUGAGGAGGCUUCAUCUCGCAUAAUUGAGAUUGAACGUUCUGCUUCUACCUUGUCUUCAAAAUUUGGCAGAACGGGAAAUUCAAAAGAUAGCAAAAGUUUGUAUGGGAAGAGAAAGUCUGAGAGCGUACAUAGCUGUUACUAUGCGAUGCGUAAAAGAAUUCGAAAUGAGCCCCUUAACCCAAUGGAUUUGGGUUUCCUUAUUGCGCCUAAUGAUGGCAACUAUAUUGGGAUUGAAGAUGAGCCUCUUCCUGGAAAUGGCAUGCUUGGAAAUCCAAUCUCAGAUCAUUUUGGAGUUCAAGAAACAAAUAUGGAUAUAAUGAAUUGUUCUUUUCCGCAAAUGUUAGCUGCUGAUGGUGGUGCUGGAGCUAGGGAUGAGUGCACAACAGAUGGCUUUCAGACAACUAUUAAUAAGCAAGAUGAUGAUGGUUUUCCUGCUGAGCCAGUUAAUAUACAUAAGGAAAUUCCUCAUAUACUCAGAGAGAAUCAAUUUCUAGUAGAGAGUGAGAAUAUCUGCUCCGAGUUUGAGGGUAACCAGGUCUUCAACUCACCAAUUGUGGAGUGUGGGUUGUCAAUCUGGAGAACUGAUGAAGGCUUGUCUGCAUCUGCUAUUCCCUCUGAUGAUGGUCAUGGGGAAAAAGACCUACAUGGAGGAGAUAUAUAUGCACUUUCCGGUGACGGUGUUGCUAAAAGCGAUCAUGUGACCGGACAUGAUGUUGUUGGUAUAGAUUCCAAGUUGGAAUCAGAAAUACCAUGCGAGGAAUUGGAAAAUCAAACGGCUGAUACGGAAGGUUAUUUGGUGGAAAUAACCAAUACCCUUAUGAAUGAUGAACCCUUUUUCAUGGAUGUUGAUGCAAAAGAUGUAAUUGAUAAGUCUUACUUUGAUGGUCUGAGCUCACUUUUGGCAAGUUCACCAAAUAACUGUGAUCAAAAUCAGAUGCCUGAUGUAACUGAAGCUAUGACAUCAGAAACAAAAGAUAAUCUUGCUAAUUUGUCUUGUUCACAUCUUGGUGAAUUGGAUGGAUUAGCAGGAUCUUGCGCUGCAGAUGGGCCUCUGUCUUGCAAUGCAGAGGUCCUGAUGCUUUCUUCUGUGUCAACUUCAAAUAGUCAGUUCCCUGAACUGACUAAUGGUAUCAUUUGUUGCACAUUAAAUACUGAGGACCCAGAAAUUCCGUGCAAUGAAGAUGUUGUCUUCCCCAAACAGCUGUGUCCAUUGCUAGCUUCCUCAACACGACAUGUUUUUAAAGAAGCUGGCAAUCCUUUAUCUGCAUGUGUAAAAGAUUUUUCUGGGGGUCAGAAAACUAGUGAGGGAGGUCCCCUUCUGGUUCAGAGAGAUCAAAAAGAUCCAAGGCAAUCUCAUGGAUCUUCUAAAAUGAAAGGGUCACAUAUGAUACCAGAAAUGGGUCAACUCCAUCUAGUUAGCGGUUGCAGAGUUAAAUUUGAGGAUUCCUCAUGUUUACCACCUAGAAGUGAUGGCUUUCUAGCCAAUGGUUCAGCUCAAAUUAAUUCCAAAAAUGUUAGUGAAGGCACUCUCCAACCAACACUGCCAAAGGAAAAGAAUGAAGAAAUUAUAUCAGGAAAGCAACUGAGUCAUAGUUCAGCUGAUUCUGUAAUAGAGAAACUAGCUCUUUGUUCUGAUAGCCACAACAGUUAUUCACUGGUGAAUUCUUCUUCCAUUAAACAAGAAGUGGAUGCUCUAGAAAUGAUUAAAGAUCACCAGGCUUUAAGUGCUGAGGUGGGAUCCACAGAUAUUAUUUCUCCAGAACCCGUUGUUGAUCAUCCACCAACAGAUCUUGAAGAGUUAAUGAUUGAAAGUGAUGAUGAUGUUCCUUAUUUCUCAGAUAUCGAGGCAAUGAUCCUUGAUAUGGACUUGGAUCCGGAUGACCAAGAUUUGUGUGAUCAGGGAGUCGCUAGAUAUCAGCAUGAGGACGCUAAAAGAGCAAUUAUAAGGCUGGAGCAGGCUUCACAUUCUUACAUGCAAAGGGCCAUUGCAUCACAUGGAGCCUUUGCCAUUUUAUAUGGCCGCCAUUCCAAACAUUAUAUUAAGAAACCUGAGAUUUUACUUGGUAGAACGACAGAAGAUUUUGUUGUUGACAUUGACUUGGGAAGAGAAGGGUGUGCUAAUAAAGUGUCAAGGCGGCAGGCAAUUAUCAAGAUGGAAGAAGAUGGAUCAUUCCAUCUUAAAAAUCUUGGCAAGUGUUCGGUGGCAAUAAAUAGCAAGGAAGUAGCUCCAGGACAGAGCCUGAGCCUGAACUCCAGUUGUUUGAUUGAGAUAAGGGGAAUGCCAUUCAUCUUUGAGACAAACCAAACUUGUGUGAAGCAGUAUUUGAAUGGUGUCGGAAAAAAAAAGUUCCACUCGGGUGCUUCAUGUUGAACAUGUCAUGUUCGAUGACCCUGUGAGGAGGUGCUCAAUUACACAGCGUUUUGUGGGCAGAGAUGGAUUUACGAUUGGGGGCAAUUCCUCUCCCGCUGGAAUCCCAACAAAACCUAUUGUAAUUAAAACAAGUUUAAGAAAAAAUUUAGAUUCUGUAAUCGAUUGAAUUUCGGUUAGUGUCUCAAUCACUUUUACAUGUGCGAAAGAGGAUAUAUAGAUUCAAUUUUCAUCCUUUCAAAAUUUCACUGAAAUCAUUACAAUUUCCGCUUUCCUGCUACUCCUUC